AAUCAUAUAUAUGUUAUUUCACCCCAACCCGACCCCGAAAUUCAGGCUCGCCCAAGGACUGAUUUUGGGGCCCUAGCCCGGCCCAUUUUUGCGGUUCAUUUGAGCAAAUGGGUCGAGCCCAACUAAGCUUUGUAUGGACUGAACCGAACCGAUCAGCAGGGCUUCUCCGUCCGUCUGCCAUUACCAGCGCCCGAGCGCUCACUCUCGAGCGGCCCAAGUUCGCGAAUGUCCGGUCGGCUCGAACCCACGUAAACCAAACCAAGCCGAGUUCGUCGCGCUCCGACGGCGAUUAUGCUCUCGAUCGCCGGCCGUCUUCUCUCCCGCGGGCGAAGCAGUGGCGUCCCCUUCCGCCUUCUCUUCGGUCGCCAGGUUCUCCUUCGGACGAUUCCUCCCCUGUCCAUCCCUUCUCUCCGAUUUUUCUCCUUCAAAUCCUUGCCUGAGGCCCACUUUUCGUGGGAGAUUGGUGUUUCCCCACUGCCUGAAAACGUCCGAGCCGUGUCUUUGGAGGAGAGCGUGAACGACAUAUGCCGGAUUUUGAGCGACUUCCGCCAGCCCCACCAUGACCUCGAAUCGGCGCUCGACGGUCUUCCGUCCAAUAUCUCGCCGGAGAUGGUGGAGGAUUCCCUCAAGAAAUGCAGCAACCUCGCGACUCCUUGCUUUCGCUUCUUUUUGUGGGCCUCCCGUUCCCGAAAUGUAACCCAUAGCAGGGCGUCUUACCACAUAAUCGUGGAUAUCCUUGGCGCCGCCAAGCAGUUCCCUCUCAUAUGGGACCUCCUUCUUCAGAUGAAGACCAGUGGCUACUGCGAGCCAACGAACGACAUCUUCUGGGUAGUCUUCCGUUCCUACGCCAGGGCUCUUCUGCCGGGGGACGCCAUUAGAGCGUUUCGGAGGAUGUCUGAUUUCGGAAUCAUGCCUACGGCGGCCGAUCUCGACGAACUGCUCUUCAGCCUCUGCAAGAACGAUCUGGUGAAUCAGGCGCAGGAGUUCUUUGACGAGGUGAAGCCUGAAUUUCCGGUGAACCCCAAGCCCUAUACCAUCCUCAUAAGUGGGUGGGGUGAGAUAGGAAAUUACCGCGAAUCGCAGAGGCUUUUCGACGAAUUGAUCGACCGCAACGGCGUCGUGGACGUCGCCGCCUACAAUGCUUUACUGGGAUCCCUAUGUAAGUCAGGGAAGAUCGAUGAGGCCCACAGAGCGUUUCAAGAUAUGGGGAGGUUCGGCCUCGUUCCGGAUGUCUGUAGUUACAGCGUGUUUGUUCGUGCCCACUGCGAUUCCGGCGACAUCGAUUCGGCCACGAGGGUGUUCGAUCGCAUGAGAAGAUACGGGUUCAUUCCCAACGUCUUCACCUACAAUUCAAUGAUCAAGGCUCUGUGUAGGAACCAGAGUGUUGAUGAUGCUUACGCAAUUCUUGAUGAAAUGGUCGGCAAUGGCUUGAAUCCCGACACCUGGAGCUACAAUUCGAUUCUAGCAGUUCACUGUGAGCUCAGAGAGGUGAACAGAGCCUUGAGACUCCUAAAACGGAUGGACAAGGAAUCAUGCAAUCCUGACAGGCAUACUUAUAACAUGUUGCUGAAAUUGCUAAUCGUAGUUGGGAGGUUUGAUAGGGCCUUUGAAGUUUGGGAUGGGAUGGAAAAAAGGGGAUUUUAUCCGUCAGUUGCUACUUACUCUGUGAUGAUUCAUGGGCUCUGCAAGAAAAGAAAGAUUGAGGAUGCUUGUAGAUUCUUUGAGCUUAUGAUAGACGAAGGGAUCCCACCCUAUACAAGUACAUGUGAGGUAUUAAGGAACCUCCUUCUGGAGCAGGGACUAAGAGACAAAGUUUACAUACUUCUCGGAAAGAUGCAAAGAAGCAGCUCUUGUUCGAUUCAGGAGCUCUCGAGCAUUAUGGAUUCACCAUCGACCGCAUAUAGGAGCGCUGCUCAGCCUAAGAAGCCCAGUAAGGCUCGGCCUAGAUCAAGCAGGAAGAAAAACCAGGAAGUAGUGAGCCACAAGGUGUACCCAAGAUCAGCAUUCUAACUUAUAACGGUUCUUUGUUAAUGUAGAUGUACUUAUCCCAAUUUUGUCCUGUAAGAGUGAUCUUGUAACCAGGCUCAAAUCCUGAAGUAUCGGUGAGCCGGAAGAUUCUUAUUUCUUAUCUUCUCAUUUUCCUUGUCCUUCUAGGGAGAGAACUCGUUUUACUUAUCCUUCUAUCAAUGUACAGUAUCUAUCUAUCUUCAUCCAGAAAAGAAAAAGAGAGAGAGAGAGAAAAAUAGAGAUUCUCUGCGUGUAAUUCUUAUUGAACUUUUCUUCAAUGAUCAAUAUA